AUCUAACGUUACGAAUCAAAACAUUAAAGCGGUCCAAAAUUAGUGCACAUUUUAGUGCAACAGUUAUAAAAAGUGCGAGUUGCAAGUGACAUAAACAAACUUAUUAAUGGCAGAAAGUAGCGACACGUCAGAUGAGAGUUUGGAUGCAACAAGUGAGAAAUUCGAUCCGCUGAAAGCUUUGUAUUCGACCAAAGUGAAACUAUCAUCUUCCGCGCCAAUUUACGAUAACAUUGCGAAAUUCGAGUCCAUCCUAAAGGGAAUCAGUGUAUCAACAAAAAGUAGCAAACCGUCUGUGGAAGAACCUUCGAAACAGAGAUUUUUACCGCAUCAAGAACCGGUGUCGAGAAAAAGACGCGAGCGGAAGAAUGUCCUCACGAAAAUGCAAAAAAUUCUCGGCCCGUUGGGGAUGCUCCACGGGUGCAUGGAGAAUAGAAUUCGGAUUAAGGUCUACACUAGAAACGCGCGCGGCAUAAGGGGACACGUGGAGGCAUAUGUGGCCGCCUUCGACAAGCAUUGGAACCUCGCGCUGGAGGACUGCUUCGAGACCUGGUCCCGGAAAGUGAAGAAAAAAGCGCCUGCUCUAGGUACCGGUGCGGUCAAGGUAGCGGCAGAUGAUCUCCCUAAGGCGGUAGUGAAGAUGGUUAAAGGGAAGUCGGAGAUCUUGGAAAGACACGUGCCACAAAUGCUACUAAGGGGAGAACAGAUCGCUAUAAUCGUCAAAAUCAAUUGACUAUGCGUGAUUCACGUGUACUAUUGCCAUAAGGAUCGCUCAAUACACGAUACCAGAUAUAUGUAAUAUUGUAUAAUCAAGUAUAUAUUAUUCUUAUUGUUUAUAUAUUCCUUUGAUGAAAAUAGAGUUUUAUACGCGUUGUGUCAUAAAUAUUUUCCAAUUUUCAGAUCAGAGAACCAAGUAGAACAGAUUAAAAUUUUCUAAUAUUUGAUAAAGAAAUCCAAUCUGCUCGAUAGAAAUACAUUAAUCAAGUACGAUGAAAACACA